AUGGUGACCAUGAAACCAUUCUUAAUUGUUGUAAACAACCUGUUUCCCCAGUACCUUGAAUGUGCUGGGGAGCCUCUCUUCAUGCUGUACUGUGCCAUCAAGCAACAGAUGGAGAAAGGACCCAUCGAUGCCAUCACUGGGGAGGCACGGUACUCUCUGAGCGAAGACAAACUUAUUCGCCAGCAAAUUGACUACAAGACGGUGACCCUGAACUGUGUGAACCCGGAGAACGAGAAUGCUGCUGAGAUCCCUGUCAAGGUUCUGAACUGUGACACUGUCACGCAAGUGAAGGAUAAGCUGUUGGAUGCAUGUUACAAAGGUGUCCCCUACUCACAGCGCCCCAAGGCAGCAGACAUGGACCUCGGUAAGAGCUGGCAUCAUCGAUAA